AUGGCUAGGAUGUCCAAGUACGAGACCCUCAUGUGGCAGAAAGAAAUGAGAAAGCAGAUCAUCGUUCACAUCUGCUUCGUGUUCGCGUGCCUCUUCCCACGCGGCGUAGUCUUCAACCUCAUCCUCUUCGGACAGCCUGGCGCUUAUGGCAUCCGUAUCAACUGGAAGAUGGGAUCGGAGAGCACCUGUUGGAGUCUGUUGAUGGCAACCGGCCUCAAGCUCACUAUCAGCAAGAGCUUGGAGUCUCUUUUGAAGCAUCUGCGUAGGCAAUCGAAGCAGUAUCUCCGGAACGCCGUGUUCACUUCGCCUGACUUCGCUCGCCGUAACUACUUAGCGGCUCAUAGCGAAGCUGUCGAUGGCUACUUCAAUCGCGAGAAGCUGGAGGAGGAGCACAGGAAGUCGCUGGAGGACUCGAAGAAGGCUGAGGAGCGAUCCAAGGUUUCGGCGGAAUUGAUCCACUCAAUGUACAUGUAG